AUGGAUACCAAAGCCAACCCCAAGGACUCUAUCAAGUCCACCUGGCGUGAUGGCAGCCGGGAUGAUUGGAACUUUUACCACUUCCUCAUCGACUACUUGAACGUUUACCCCGUCGACCGUGACCAGGAGGUCCCCGUGCACACAAAGGACGAGAAGGUACCCUACGUACCCCAGUGGUCUCUUCAUCGUUGGGUGCUCUUCUAUUCAGCCAUCCCACUUGCCGUUCAUCAAGUUUAUUCGUCCUAUACUGGGCGCACUCUUGGCCCCAUCGCAGCCUUCAACUGGUAUUUCUUUGCGUUCAAUGCCAUUGUCAUACACGAAGUCAAGAUUAUUCGCAGGCUUGGUCACAAAUUCGGCUUUCUAGACGGCGACAAACACGAGCGUGAUGGGAUUCCCGAUGUGGGUGUGGGCAAGGUCGUUCAGGCCCUCUACAAGACCACUGGCUCGCGUCUUGCAAUGGGAGUAUAUCUGUCCUACCAUGCGAACCAGCUGCCUUCAACAAUGAGCUGGGCAUGGCUUCCCCUCGAGAUUGGCCUCUAUGGCAUUGUUCUUGACUUUUGGUUCUAUUGGUACCACCGAGCGAUGCACGAUGUGGGCUUUCUGUGGAGGUUUCACCGCACCCACCAUUUGACCAAGCACCCCAACCCCUUGCUUUCGGCCUACGCAGACCACGAACAAGAGUUCUUCGACAUGGUUGGAGUCCCAUUCCUGACUUAUAUGACUUUAAAGGCCUUUGGGCUACCUAUGAGCUUCUACGAGUGGUGGGUCUGCCACCAGUACAUUGCCUUUACCGAGGUCCUGGGACAUAGCGGCCUACGUCUUCACGGAAAUGCACCCUCGACAUUGGGCUGGUUACUAGACCUGCUUGGAGCCGACAUUGUCAUUGAAGAUCACGACCUGCAUCACCGCAAGGGAUACAGAAAGAGUUACAACUAUGGGAAGCAGACCCGCCUUUGGGACCGGAUCUUUGGCACCUGUCACGAUCGGAUCGAGUCAGCAAGGGACAAUGUCGACCAUGUCAACACGGCAGCCAUGCCACUCUUUUGA